AAAAAAGGCAGCUUUCUGUUGGGUGUUGGCUGUUAAUUGCCAAGAAGAUUGAGUGAGUGCCGGCCGACAUACAUGCAUCACAAGCGUCGACACUCGUUGCAUGCAGCCAAGCCAUCAGUCUCACCUUGACACGCACCCAAGAAGGCUCUUUUCUUGUUUGCCCAUGUGCUAUAAACCAAUGGCCUAGAAAUGAAUCUGCUUCAGAUGUGGGCGAGACUAGUUUGGCAAAAGGAUUAUAUGCCAGCUUUAGGUUUGUGGAUAUACUGAGAAGCAGGGGAGUUUGGGAUAUGGGGGGUGAAUCCAGCAUGGCUAAUGUGGAAAGUGGAUUGGAGGUUUCUACAGGAAGUGAGAAUGAGCUUGUGAGAAUCAGAGGGGCUCAGCUUUGUUUGAUUGAUGGGAAGGAGAGUGUCAUAUUGCAAAGUGGCGAUUUUGCUUUACAUGUCAUAAAGCAGAAUCAGUCUUCUUUGGCUGCUGUUGUGGGCCUGGUUGGAGAUCUUCAAUGGCCAGUUGGGAGGGAUUCUCCUGUUGUGAUGGUUGGAAGCAAGAAAUAUGCUUUUGCAUUGCCUGGGCUUCUGUAUGGGCUGCUGUUGCCUAGUAAUACUCCUGUGGAAGCUGAGCAGAACUUGGAAGGUUUGUUGCAGUACUACUCAGCUUUUGAAACCCAUUUAGAGGUUUCAGAUGGUGAAACCGGCUGGCUACUACAAGUAAAGCAAGAAGCCACGGACUACUGGACAACGGUGGCCCCGCAAGUGGAAAAAAUCAGCUCAAAAAUGGCCCAAAAAAUAAGCGCCGCCUGUUCCUCUGCCACCUCACCACCCACGUGGACAUCUCCCGAAGCCUGGUGCAUGGGAUCCGCCGCCAACUCCACCGGAGGCGUUACAGACGAGGACGAAAAUACCACCCCACCACCUGCAACAGCCGGUAACAACAAUACCGACACCGCCGUUAGCCAGCGCAUGCUGAACCGAAUCCAACGUGCACGCCGGAUGUCAGCGGUAGCCAAGCUUCUUUCCAAAACACUCCUUAGAGGGGCCAUAAACGCCGAGCGCCACGUUGUCGGUCAGCCAACCGGCACUUCCCUUUCCGUUCCAAUUCCCGCCGCAAUCUCUCCUCCUCCGGCAGACAUAACGCUUGCCAGCGUGGACGCCUUUACAAAGGUCGUGGAAGCCGUGGAGACAGCUGGCAGGAGCCUAUUCGAGCUUGCGGAUUUCAAAUCCCACAAUAAUAAUAAUAAAGUCGAACAAUUGAAUUCUUGUUCUUCUCCUCAGUUUGCCUCCUUUCCAGAUAACCUGUGGACGCUCAACAAGUGUGGCCUCCGCCUCCUGCUUCGUGCCACGGCGGUCUCUGCCGUCAUCCACGUGGCACGCGGAAUCGGUGUCUCGGGUUUCGCGCCUGCCCAGUCAUCACCGCAGUCUGUGCUGUCAGAACAGCCGAGUGACACGCCAUCAGAGGACGUGCAUUCAAAGGAGACUUACGCGCUUGGACUCAACUUUAUGAGCGCGGAUUCGCUGUGUUCACCGGCGCCCUCGACACGUGUCCCUCACGGCCCUAACAGUCCCUUUCAGCAGUACAGCAAGCCUGCCGACACACAGUUCCAUUUUCCUCUCGGGUUCAAUACUAACAACGCCGCUCAUCAAUAAACUGUUCUGUAACUUUUCUUGAAAUCCGGGAAUUAAAGGAAGGCAGGGGGUAAAAUGGGGAAGGUUAUAAUUUAACCGUGAAGUUUUACACAGGUUUUCUAAUGUGUUUUAACUUUGAAAAACUGAUCUAAUUUAACCGUCUAUAUUGUCUUUUUAUUUAA